AUGGCGAGGUGCUGGGGCCUGUUUGGUGUGGUCGUGGGGGUGUGGGCUUUGGUGGGGACGGUGGUGGAGGCCCAAACGAGUUUUCCACCGCCAUUCGAUCGGGUGUUGGCUUUGGGUGACGCGGGUCAAGAUGUGUUUAUCUUGCAGAACCUGAUCCGCAACAACAACCAGAGCAUCGUGUUGCGAAACGCGUCGGCUGUGUUUGACAAUGCAACACAGGCAGCGGUGGUUGCGCUGCAACAGGCUUGGGGCUUGAGCGCGACGGGCGUGGCUGAUGCCACGACUUUGGCCACGGUGCUGACACAGCUCAGCUGGGAUCGCUAUGUGGAUGACGGCCGUCCUGCGUCGGCUCGUGGUUACGCGUACAAGAUUCUGGUGCCCGUGCACCGCAACCGCAGCCUGGAGACCACGGCUGAGCUGCAAGCCGCCAAUGGGACCGUUCUUUACCGCUUUCAAGUGCGGGCGCAUGGCUACAACAGCUGCCAGUGUGAUGAUGACUGGCCCAACUUCCACAACGACAAUCCAGGGCUAAACAUGUUCACGUCCAACGGCAAUACGGUCACGGGCUUGAUCAUGGCCGACCUGAACAGCCCGGAACCAGAUCCCAAGUCCUAUGGACCCUAUCCCAUCAACCGGGCCGUGCAAGGGCUAGAGGGCAAUGCGGCCUGGCUCGUGCCCAACAUUCGAGAUGGCUUGCUUUUGCACACGGGCGAAUGGCCCAACUGGAGUCCCGGGGAGCCAAUGCCCAACAGCGAGGGCUGCAUGCACGCGUAUCCCGAGUCGAUUGAUACCAUCUACAAGACCCUGGUCAGCUUGGGCGUGGUCGUGCACACCAAUCCCGGCGGCGUGUUGCCCUAUCCCUACAAGUCGCAAGGCCUCUUCAGCAUCUACCAGUGUGUGAGAGAGAGAGAGAGAGAGAGAGAGAGAGAGAGAAUUGGUUUCGAGAGAGAGAGAGAGAGAGUGAGAGAACAACCGAAAACAGCACACGCAUCCAUCUAUUCGUCGGUUGUUGUUCCAUAUCCUCAUGCACAUGUGUGUGUGUGUGUGUGUGUGUGUGUGUGUGUGUGUGCCAUUUCUUUCUUGUCACUGGAUCUCUGGCUACGCCCCCCACCCCCCAUUCCCCUUCUGAAGCCACUAGCCUUCAAGCUACUGCUAUGGAAAAACUACAAGCUUCAGGUUCGCCGCCCAGUCGGCACCUUUUUUGAAAUUUUUGUGCCCACGUUUCUCUUCCUGGUCCUCUGGUCCCUCCGAACACUGCUGAGCCAAGACAAUCCGCCAGACACGGUGUUUUGUAGCAUGCCCGUCUCGCCCCUCGAUUCCAUCACGCCACUAAACAACGGAGGAUUGGGAAACUUGCAGUCGGAAUUCGGCUGUAACUCAGCCUUUUACUUUCAGCCUCAAUUCUUGAUCAACCCAGACAGCGCCAGCGCCGACGAGCCUCUGCUGACCAAAGUCGGCUACACUCCCAAUAUCCCCGAGGUGGCCAACUUCAUGAGCACUUUCCAGACCGCUCUUGGCACCUACUACAACCGCUCGUGUAUCCUGGUGCCCUUUGAAGAUGAGGGGUUUACCACUGCCGCCACGGGCAAUGACAGCUUCACGGAAGGAGACUUCUACUUUGGCGUCGCCUUUUACUUGGACGACGAUGGUGCAAAGGGCGAGCCCGGCCUCGACUUGAGUACCAACAAGGUGCACUACGAGCUGCGCAUGACUCGCGACACCUUGGUCGACGAAGACGAGGAUGGCUUCCAGACAAGCGACCUUUUUCCUCAGUGGAUUACUCUGGGCCCGGAUAUGAAUUCAGCCUAUUACGAUUCUGGUUUUACCGUCAUGCAAGCACUUUUUGAUUCGCUCAUCCUCAUGGAGGUGUCCGGUUCAGACGUACCCCCCGUCUCAUACCAUCUCAAGCCAAUGCCUUGGCCCUCCUACUCUGACGACAACUUUAUUUACGUCAUUCGGAGUACUCUGCCCCUCAUUCUUAUCUUUGCCUUUAUCUAUUCGGCCAGCUCCAUCACACGCGAACUCGUGUUUGAAAAGGAGCAGCGCCUUAAGGAAAUGAUGAAGAUGAUGGGUCUUUCUACUUGGGUGCAUUGGCUGGCGUGGUUCACCAAGUGCUUCCUCUUUCUAUUCAUCUCCGUAGUCAUUAUCAUGAUCAUCUUUGCGGUUGGUGACUGCUCACGCAGUGCCACGGCCAUGGGCGCCGAGUUUGCGCGCUAUUCCGACGGAGGACCCGUGUUUCUCCUCUUUUUGCUCUUUGCCGUCAACACCAUCUGCCUCUGCUUCAUGUUCAGCACUUUCUUUUCAAAGAGCAAUGUGGCUUCAGCUGCCGGUGCCAUCCUCUUCUUCCUCUUCUACAUGCCCUACCUCUUUAUUAGCGAGGGCCUCGACGAGAUGCCGCAAUCAGAUAAGGCCGGUGCCUGCUUACUUGGUCCAACCUGCGUUUCCAUUGGCAUGGAUAUCUUGUCCCGUUGGGAAGCCUCUGGACAAGGCCUGACGAGCAGUACCGUCAACAAGUCACCUUAUGACGGUGACAGCGCCAAGUUUUCCAUGGCGGCCGUUUACGGCAUGCUCUUCUUGGAUUCUCUUAUUUAUUUGCUUGUUACUUGGUACAUGGAGAAUGUUUUCCCCGGUGAAUAUGGCGUGCCUAGGCCUUGGUAUUUCUUUGCCGAUCCCAAGUACUGGACCGGCAAAGCCGACGAGGAGACACCAUCCAAUGCCCCCACCGUACCCCAUGGCACCGGUCCGCGAAGUGAGUUUGUCGAGGAUUUUGCCGGCAACAACGCUGUAGGCAUUCAGAUCGAGGGUCUGCGCAAAGUUUUUUACCCACAAACGGGUGGCGCAAAGGUGGCGUUGGAGCACCUCGACCUAAACAUGUACCGGGACCAGAUCACGGCCUUGUUGGGGCACAACGGUGCUGGCAAAACAACGACCAUCUCCAUGCUGGUUGGCAUGUAUCCACCCACUGCUGGCACGGCCAAGGUGAACGGCCACAACAUCAACGACGAUAUUGAUGGCGUUCGCGAUUCUUUGGGCAUUUGCCCUCAAUUCGACACGCUCUUCCCUACCUUGACCGUGUCUGAGCACAUUGUGUUUUAUAGCCGCCUGAAGGGUCUCUCCGUGGCCGAAGCCGAGGCGGAAGUUCCCGUUUACAUCAAGGACAUUGACCUUGAGAACAAAGCCGACGCCCGCGUCAACUCGCUCUCGGGAGGACAGCGCCGCGCCGUUUCUUGCGCUUUAGCACUCUGUGGUGGCAGUACCUUUGUGGCCCUCGAUGAACCAACAUCCGGCAUGGAUCCCUUCAAGCGCCGUCACACCUGGGACAUGCUUCUGAAGCACAAACAGGAUCGUACAAUUAUCCUAACGACCCACUUCAUGGAGGAGGCUGAUAUUCUUGGCGAUCGCAUUGCCAUUCUUGCCGACGGCGAGCUACGCACUGUCGGCAGCUCAAUGUUUUUGAAGAAUACUUUUGGUGUUGGCUACCACAUGACUGUGGUCAAGGGUAGCAACUGCGAUGUCGUGGGACUGCUGAAUCUGGUGCAGCGUUAUGCCCCCGAAGCUCAGAUGACCAGCAACGUGGGCAGUGAGUUGACGGUGGUGGUACCCAAGAGUGCUUCCUCCAGAUUCCCCGACAUGUUCGCCGAACUUGAAACUGCGCAGCGCAAGCUGGACAUUGCUAGCUUUGGUAUGGGUGUGACUACUAUGGAGGAAGUCUUCUUGAAGGUGGCAGAGGGUCGGCACUUGCAAUCUGAGAGUGAGCAAAAAGAGGCCGAGCAUUCCGCGCUCAUCAUGCCGGAGACGCGUCAAUCUCGUGUGGAGACGGGCAUGGCGCUACGCCUGCAUCAAUUUCGGGCCAUGCUUACAAAACGCUUUGUCUAUUCACUUCGCAAUAAGAAUGCCAUUAUCACCCAGAUCCUUCUGCCCUUGACGUUUACUUUUAUUGCCCUUGCCGUUGUUACAUGGGGGGCGACUGACAGUUUGGAGGAGCCAGAACUGCUCUUUGCCUUUGAUGGUUAUGGUGACACGACGCUGCGUUACUCGGCCCAGGACACGGCAGGCAAUUACUGGUCUUACAUUAAUCCCGAGGGCGAAGCAGCCUUGGCUGAGCUGGCUUCGCAGACGACGCCUGGCAUGUCGGCCUUUACAAGCCAGUUUCCCGGUUUGACCUCGGAUGCUCGCUUUGCGCAGUUCUCCCUGAUGGAUGAGACAGCUGGAAACAUGUCGGAUAUCUUGCUCGAGGCUGCCCGCAACUACAACCGGGACGACUUUUUCCAAGAGAACAUUGCUGCCGUGCACGUGCAGGCCGGUCCGCUCAUACUCGCAGCCGUCGGAUCGGCGCUGCAGUGGUGGGACGGUAACAACUUUGUGGGUUCUACUGUACAGUGGACCUCGGGCACGACCAUUCAGUUUGUGUUUGCCACCGACCUGGGCAUCUCCUCUCUGAUUGCAGACGGCACAACGGUCGAGUUUGUGUACGGCGAUGCGACGACUGACAUGAGCGUUCCCGUGUGCAAUGGCGAUGCGGUCAAGACGGCUUGCGUGUGGACCCCGGCCUCAA